CUCGCAGCGCGGCGGGCCCAGCCCAGUGGCAGCAGCUGGAGGCGGCCGCGGCGGGCAGCGGUGCCAGUUAACGGUAUGCAAUGGAAGAGUGUCGAAAAUCUUACUCUAGUCAAGAUUAACAGCAUCCACUGCUCUCCUGUGAUCUACUGUGCCAGUCAUCUCAUUGCAGAAGACUAUCAGGCAUGAUUUACCCUUCAUGAAUCCGUGAUGACUACUUUCAAUCACCUUCUUGUCCUUCAUCUAGUGUAGAAAUGGCUUCUAGUACUAUUUGUUUCACCUUCUCUGGGAUCAAGGUGAAGCUGACAGGACUGAAAAAGAGGGGCAACUCAGGUUAUUGGGAUUUCUCGAGUGCUUCCACAAUGCUGCUCCGCUCAGGCCGCAAAAAGCCAUAUGAAGUGUCUCUCCGUGAAAGGCAGUCUGUUAAGAGGCAAUCUCUGCUGAAAACUGUGAAAACAGCUUCUGAAAAGUCAGUAUUUUGUCUGCGAGAAACGCUGAAAUGCUAUAUACUGACUGAAGAUUCAAAAACAGUGCAUUUUGACAUAGAUGAAGAUGGUCGUCAUGAAAUAUCAACCAAGGAUUCACAAUCCCAUGAAGAUAUUGCAUGGUUAAGUGUGUUCACAAGAAAUGAACCAGCAGUUACUGAUUCUAAAAAUCUGGUGAUCCUCACGCAGAGGUCAAAGCUUAAUGAAUUUGUCCUAUUGUGCAAGGGUAAGAAGCAGCUGUCUCUGAAGGUCUUAAAAGCUUCCUGUUCAGAGCCAGAUUAUCCUUUUGCGGAAAGACGCAACAUGAAAACAUGCAACCAUGAAGAUCCUGACUUGAAACAGCUGAGUGAAGAUAAUCACUUUUUCAUCAUGCAUUACCAAGGAGAUUCGGUGCAGUUCCAAUGCUAUGAGGAUACCAGUUACUACCUGUAUGUGAAUGAUGACUCACUUGAUAUUCGCAAGCCAGAAAACAAAGAACCAAACGAGGACAAAAAUUUUUACUUCAGGGUGUCAUAUUUACAGGAAAAGUAACUUGUCUACGUUUCAGUGGCCGAAGUGUCCAUACAAUGCCUAUAAUAAGCUAAGAGAAGAGAAGGAAGGUUGAGAUCAACUGAUUUCCAUUUUGGCUUAAUUAUUCCUUUUUUGUAAUUUCUUGAGUCACCAUUUUGCAUGAGUAACAUCCUUUAUUUCUGUACUUUCAAUAGGAAAAGAGAAAGGCUAAGUUUGAAAGAAAUACUAACUGAUAAAUCUUUUCGUGUCUUAACCGCACAAUUAUGUUUUUAAGGAGCUGAAUUCUUCUGGAAGUGGAAAAAUACACAGGGGAUAUUUCAAAGACAGGGGAUAAAGAAAAGCAUACGUCAAUACAAAAUACAAAGCACAGUUAGUUCUCUAUGUGGUAAACAUUUUACUUUUUUUAAAAAAAGUGUCUUAUGAGCUCACCUGAACUUGAGAAGAAAACAUUUAGAAGUUAUUGAACGCGUAUGUGUAAGUCCUGACUGACUGAUUGACUGGUUGCCUUUGGGAAAGGAGCAGAAAAGGUGUUCUUAGGUCUAACUGAGAACAAAGGAAGAGGCUGAAAGUUAGAGAGAAGAUCUGUCCACCCCUGUGGCUCCAAGUCAGCCCAUGUAUUCCAUUAUGCAAUUUCAGCAUCUACCCAGCAUGGCAGCUCUCUAAGAAAAGGUACUCAGAGCGUCAGGCUCACAACGUGCAGGCAGAGGGAGGGAGGCACAUUGAACUGAUGGGGCAUAACAGAUGCCUGUGAACACCAGCAGAAAAUUGCUCUGACAUACUGGUUUCCAUCUCUGAAUCACAGAGGGAAAAACAAUCAUGUGUUCAGCUGCAAAGCAGAGUGAAGAAAGCAACAUGUGAAAAAAUAAUUAAAUGUUCAAAAUGUCUGAAUAAAAUAAACACUAGGUGCCUAUGUGGGGUACACUGGAGGAGCAGGAGGAGUACCUGCCUUUUAGCAACAGGGUCUGUUGGUGUGAAAUGGAAGAUGUUGACACUUAAAUGUCCAUAGAUCAUACCCUGCAAGGCACAAAACAUUUGAAAUACAAUAGGAGGCAAACCAAAAGUGUACACAGGAUCACUAGGUGUUAAUGAUCUGGUUCUCCACUGCUGUGCCUGGAGCCCCACUGUAAUUUAGUGGCAAUUUUCCUUCAUGCAAGUCAUUUGAGAAUGUAUGUGUAUAAAUGAUAGACAUCAUACACCUAUUGCAAGAGGUUGUCCCUUAGCUGCAGUGGAACAACCUACAAGCUACACAGCACUUGCAGGAAUUGUUCCGUGUAAAUAUAAUAAACAAUGCAUACCUGAAAUAGGAAUCCUAACGUCAGUUAAUCACACCAAUGCACAUUACAAUAAGGCAAUUAUCUAUAGCAGACCAAACUCCAAAGGUCUGUGAGAGCUUAAAAGAUUUUUCUUACCCCUGCCCGCCCACUAGCAGUGUGGAGUUUCACUGCUAGGCUUGUUGUAUUCUUCAAAUAAUGAAAAUCAUUCUGUUGCUUCCAAUGCUGACUGAACAGAAGAGAGCUUUUGAUCAUUCCCUAAAUAAUACUUACAACUUCUGGAUCUGUUAAGAAUUCAGUGAAGUCAGUGGGAAGAAAAAAACCCCAAACUCUAGAUACUGACUUCGGCGUACAUUACACUAGAAUAAAAUUAUUUUAGCACUAUCUAUUAUAUUGCACAAGAAAUAAAUUCAUUUAUGUAUCAAGUAUAAUAAUUUCACUGAUACACUAAUACUUCACAGUCAUAUACAUUAUUAGUAAUGUGAUCACCUUACUAAAUUUCAGAACAUGCUCUCUGGAUGGUAAGUUGAUGAAAAGGUGACAACUCAUCAUAAAACUCAUACCAAGCAUGUCAGCAAAAAAGUAACAUCGACCACAGUGAAUUUUGAAUCUAUUUUACAGUUAAAACUUAAAUUAUGGUUAUAUGCAGAAUUUUGUACUUUUACAAUCUAUCUUAAAAAUAAGAUUUUUUAAAAACAAUUUAAGGGACAAAAUCCCUUAUGGAAAGCAGCAGUAGUAAUUUUGUGAAGUUUCAGGUUUGAGAUAUAAGACAGUAAUGUAAUUCAAUAAUUUUCUCAGAAAACACAACAAAUUCAGCCAGCUUUGUAACUAUAAAUGUACAUAGAAAAACAAGUUAACAAUUUCUGGAUCCUAAGCUUUCCUGGACUCUUAUUUUGCUCAUACAAAUUCUUCAAACUGACAUUUUCAAAUUCCCACUAAUCUGAGUGUCUCAUAAGUGGCAGAUAAGUUUUUAUUUUUUGAGGUGGAAAACAUGUAGAAAUUUUAUUUUAAAAAUAGAAAAUUAAAGCAAAUAAGUCUUUUAGAAAAGCAUAGCCUCCAACACUUUACAAUACAAAAACAUUUAUGCAAUGUGUCUAACAGUUGAAUAUAAAAUAUAAUUACUAUUUUGCAGUUUAUUUUCAAAACAGUACUGAUAUUAUUUAACUUUUACUUAGAAUUAGAAAUUGUUAGUCUAAUGAAUGUUUUUAUGUUUUGUCUAAACAAAAUAUAACCAUCUAGCAUUAGUGCAAUUGCAACAGUACUAAAACUUGUAAGUACUCCAAAUCAUGCAGUUUCUAUUAACGAUCUUUAGUAAUGCAUCAAUAGACAAAGACUCAUUUAUGCCUCUUCCCUGGUGUGAAGUUCUCACCCUUCCAGUCACUCAGUCUGAAGUCAAGGGCUCUUUUUUCUCAGAUAGGAUGAUGUGAUGAUGUUGUCAUUACAAUAGAUACAAUAAUAUGUUUGUAUCUUGUAGUUACCCACUGAUUUAGACAGAAGAGUAUGCUGUCUUGAGUGUUGCUGCUUUUAGACAUACAUGGCAUGAAUUUUGAAGUAGAAUGUGUGUACAAACAGCUAUUUUUUUAAUGUCAUCCAGGAUUUGUUUCUAUUUGUCCAUAAUUUGUCUAACCAAAGAAAUCAUAUGCAGGCUAAAUUCCUUCGCUAUUUGUGUGUUUUAAAUAAGACUCCUUGUAUUCCCUGUAUAUAUGAAUAGCUGCAGAGGAGCAGAUUGUCUGCAAGCUCCUCUCUUCAUUGCUUCUGGCAAAUUACAUGGGCUGACUAGCGCUGAGGACGAAAGACGGCGGCUGCUAACCUACAGCUCCUACUCAACAUACGGUUCAUUGAAGUCGUCCUUCUCUAGCACCAUCUCGUGGACUUCAGGUGAACGGCAGUAACCUUGUAUCCAAAUUUUAGCACAUCAGCAAGCUACAAAAAAGUCCUCAGCGGCUGAAAAUAAAAAAUUUCUUUCUUUUUCCAAACCCUGAUAUUUAUUUCCAACUGAUACAGGGCCUAGAUCUCCUGUGUCUGGAAUGACUGAAGGGGUCAGCCAAGCAGGUCAAGGAAGGAAAUCUUUCCCCUCUAUUUGGCAUUUGUAAGGCCGAAUCUGCAGUACUGUGUCCCGUUUUGGGCUUUGCAGCCCAUACUGGAGCAAGGCUGAGCAGAGGCACAAGUAUGGUUAGGAGCAUGGAGCAUUUGAGGAGGAGAGGCUAGGGCAGCAGGGUUUGUUUAGCCUGGAGAUGAGGAGUGCGAUUCUUCACCGAGCUGAAGGGGGAUGGUAGAGAAGAUGGAUACAAACUUUCCUCAGAGGUGCAAAACAGAAGGACAAUAUGCAGUAGUCACAAGUCGUACCAAGGGAAAUUUUGACUGCCUGUAAAGAAAAAAAAAAUUAUAAGGAUAUGUAACAAAUGGAAUCACAUAUUCACAGAAUCACAGAACAGUAGGGGUUGGAAGGUACCUCUGGAGAUCAUCUAUUCCAACCCCCCUGCUAGAGCAGGAUCACCUACAGCAGGUUGCACAGGAUGGUGUCCAGGCGGGUUUUGAAUAUCUCCAGAGAAGGAGACUCCACAACUUCUCUGGGCAGCCUGUUCCAGUGCUUGGUCACCCUCACAGUGAAGAAGUUUUUCCUCAUAUUGAGAUGGAACUUCCUGUGUGCCAGUUUGUGCCUGUUGCCCCUUAUCCUGUCACUGGGCACCACUGAGAAGAGUCUGGUCCCAUGCUCUAGACAUCCGCCCUGUAGAUAUUGAUGAGCAUUGAUCAGAUCCCUUAUCAGUCUUCUCUUCUCCAGGCUAAACAGACCCAGCUCUCUCAGCCUUUCCUCAUACGAGAGAUGCUCCAGUCCCCUAAUCAUUCGGGUAUGGAAUGGAACAGGUUUUGUGAUUAUAAAGUGUCCAUCUGUGGAGGUAUUAAAAAUUCAGCUGGACAAGGCCCUGUGUAACCUCAUCUAAUGCUGAAGGUAAGCCUGCUUUGACUAGAUGGUUUCACAAAAUGACCUCCAGAGAUUCCUUCCAAUGUAAAUUAUAUUGUGAUUCUAUGAUUCAAAGGCAGCUUCAGUGUCUCAGAACUUACACAGUGAUUAAUCCAAAGAGCAGAAAUAUUCAAUACACCCUACACAAACAUACAGAAGAACCAUACAAAAGCAAACAAAAUAAAUCCUACUGAUUUCAUCCCAAAGCACAAUAUUUUCAUGACUACAUGCAGGCUUGAGCCAAAGGGAAAAUACAUUCAGUGUCAGAAAAAAAAUAGUCAUAAUAAGUGAAAGAUUCUCUCUUGAUUUUCUGAAAACUCCAGUUGAAGCACAUGGCCUAUGUCAACGCAGAAAACUGUGUAACGAGAGCAAGGGUUCAUUUAGAAAAUAAAAAGUAAUUGCAAUAUGGUUAUCAGGUGAAUUUAAAAGCUACUGACAUUUUACCUGAUUGUCUCUGGUAUAGUUUUUCUUGCAGUAAUAGUCUUCUCAAUAUUUGAAUGAUCUCACAAAAUACAGUAAGCACAUCUCAUCAUAUUGAAGUCUGGUCAGUUCUGUGAGGAUCCCCACCCUGCUAUUAAAAGUAAUGAAUAAACUACAAUUUUAUUAAAGAAAUCAGAAUGUAUAUUAGGUACUCUAAUAAUGUUAAAAGCUAAAAGAUCUAAUACACCUAGCUACAAGUGUUACCUGAAUUCCACAAGUUAUGCAAAUUACUAUCAGAAUAAUUAAUUCCUACAGUAAAUAGAUUUUUCUUUCAUAUACACUGAAGUUGUGGCUGACAGUUAGUCACUACACCAGCAAGACUGACAUUUGCACUGCUUUCUCAUAAAAAUAUUUACAAAGAGAAAGUAGUUAGAUUUCCAGUAUUCUAAACAAGUUGGUGUAGCGGGCUUCAAGCCUAACUGUUGUCAAUGCAAUUAACUGAAGUGAUUAGCAGACACUGAUAAGAAAAACUAAACUGUCGUUUAAUGUAUCUUUGCUGCCAGUUUAUUGGUAAAGGGAUUCUAAGGUGGCUUACAGAGAAUGAAUAUGAAAAGUACCUGAAAAAUGGGUGAGAAAGUCUGGAAAAGGAUUGAAAUUGGAGAGAAAAAUAUAGAGAAAGAAGACAGAUGAGAAUAGAAAGACACAGUAUGGAGAGCAGAAAUAUAUGCAAGAAAAAAAAACUAGCUAAUAGGUAUAAAAUGGGGAAGGAUAAAGAAAAAGUUUGAAAAUGAAGCAUAGAAAGAAUAGCAUGAUUCUCUGUGCAUUCCUUCCUCCCACUGCCAAACUAACAAAUAGAAGAGUUAACUACACUAAUGUCAGAUAAAAAUCUGUAGUUCUCACAUAGCUGAGCAGAGGACAAGGUCUUGAAAUCUCUGUAUUGGUCCUAAAGCCCUUUUAUCAUAAUACCAAAUUUCCCAAAUGAGUGCAAAUCACAGUUCGAAGAAGUCAUGAAGGUAUAUUUAAAAAAAUCCUUUUACGCUUCUGCUCACCUCUGGCCCCAGGUUAUUCUGCAGUUGUACAGUGAGCUCCAAAUGAGAUAGACUAACCAUAAUGGUGCCCUGGGGUUUAUAGCAGGUAUGUGCUCAUACACAACUGAUAUUAAAUGUAUUUAUUGUCUGUUGUUUGAAGAUUUAGCUUCUUGGUAGACAUCAUGUUAACUGUCUAAGUGGCGUAUUGAAUUACUUUUUUUUCUGUAUGAGGAGAAAUGCAGGGGGAAAAAAUUAAAUACAGCUAUCCAUGCAUGUGGAGUACUUACAUUUUGUUUAUUUAGAAAGUCAUAUGUUCUUCAGUAUUUGCUGCAGCUUUACUACAGAAUUUGCAGGAUCUCUCAAUCUGGUUUCAACUUCAUUUUUUUGAUAGAUUAGAAAGACAGAAAGUAGUUAAUUAGUAAUUAAUUAUGAGUUUGCUUUGUUUUCAGUCUGAGCUUCUAGAUAUAAAGUUAUUAUUUAGAAAUAGGGGCUAUAUAAUCCAAUGUACAGUUUUAAAAGACCCAUACAUUCUGACCUUUGCUGCUUCUGUUACUGGUAGCUCCACAUUUUCUAUCUGAAAUUAAUUUAAUAUUGUUUUCCUAAUGAUAUGACCUUGAAUAAGGUCAUACUAAAUACUAGACUAUUAGUCAUACUAAUACAUUAGUAUUAAAACUAGUAUUAACCACUACCAUUUGUUGAUUGCCUAUAUAUAAACAAAUAUGUUCUGUAUUCUGUAAAGUUAGGCAAUCUUUGCUGACAAUUAAGCUUCACUCUUAAGAUAAGCCUUAAAACUAUUCUAUGGGUUUCACUAAAGAGUAGAGAAAUUAAUAUUUUACCAUGUCACACUGAGGUGCCUUUGCUGUAACUUUUUUUUUCAAAACCAUGUCACUGAGGUGGUAACAACUAGCUAUACUUUUAAAGACCAUGUGACAAAAUAUAGAGAGGCAUUUCAAUGUCUGGACAGUAUGCAUUUUUCUCAAUUAUCUAUCAUUUAAAUUAGUCUAAUAAUUAACAGGGAUAAUUGCUCAAUGUUUUUGAAAUUCGAGUUUACAAAGUAUAAUCUGGAUGCAGCACAAACCCCAGUUCUUGUAGUAGAUGAAAACAAGAAAUUUAAGAUUUGUUCAUGAUGACCAGAUGGAUCUCAAGACUAGCCAUGAAUUAGAAAAAAGCGAUGAUGUGCGUCACAAGUGAUGACUAACAUGUUUGAGUUCACCCUGCUUUGAACAGCAGAGCUGACUACAGGAUUUCUGGAGGUCUUGUCCAGCCUCAGUUACUCUAUGAUAAUUGCUGGUGAUUCUGUCCUCUAAGAGGAAUUUAUGCCAGGAAAAAUUGCUUCUGGGAGGGGCAUCAGGAAGAUAGAAAUAGGAUAAAAAUACUUUGGGUAAGAAUAAAACAUUUGUUCAUAUGAAUUUUUCUGUUCAGAAGGACACUGCGCUAAAUCAUCAUAUAUGAACCCUUAGUAAUCUUUUUGUUGGUAGAUUAUAUUACUGUAAGAGUUCUACAAUGUCUUCUUAAUUCUGUGUCCAGUGUUUUCAGUACUGCAUUAUCUACUUUUUUUAGAUGUAACUGAAAAAUUCUUUCUGACAACAGUAACUGUACCAUGUGUACUAAAACUAUAAACUUAGCUCCCUAGCUUGCGUUGUAUUCAUAUACCUUCACAAGGUAUUAUUAGAUAUGUAUCAUUCUCCAAAUGUACUAAUUGGGUGGAAACCAACUGUGUUUUUUCCAUUUAUUCCACAUCUUAAAAUUGUAAAUAAGCAAAAUGGUUGAAGUUGUGGUAUUGUAAACAAUUACAUAGUCUGCACUAGUAAAGUCUUCAAUAGCACUUCACAAUCCUAUAGUACUUUAUAAGCAAAAAUUUUGUAAAAUAUUAACAUGCAAUAAAGGUGAAUACAAAUUGUAUUGUGUACAUUUUAAAUAGAGGAAACUAGAGACAGAAAAAUGACUUAGCCAAGACCAGGCGAUAGCAAAUGGCAAAGCCAGAGUUCUAACUCAUGAUUCCCAGUCCUACACACAUUCCUCCGGUAUUGUUCUAGCGCAGAAUUGCAGCUCUGCGGUAUGUCUGACGUCCACACACAUUCUCACAGCUAGAUAAUAAGAUUCUAACAUUCUCCAUAACUAUCAGAGUAUGAACACUUUAGAGUAUGAACUUCAAAGGAAAGCAAAGCAAAGCCUCUUGCAAAUGUACCAAUCAGGAUUGAUUUUGACCUUUUAGUAUUGAAUUGCUAUUUUCAAAACUGAAACGAAAGUGAUUUCAUAUGUUUUUUAUUCUGAUGAAACAUAACAAGUUACUUACAGGAAGCUAGAAAGGACUUCAACCUGAAUAUUUUUUUGAACUUAGUUUUAACAGAUGAUCUACAGUGCUUGGGUAUAUGUGUACUAUAUAAAUCUCAGAAAAAUUUAACAAGUUUCAACUGUGGACACAGACUUCCAGCAUUGUGUUACAAGUUUCAGAUAUGAUUCUAAUUACCAGAAACUGCUUAAAAAUAGAAACAUUAUCUGCCUUUACUGUAAUGCAGAAAUUAAUAUAUAUAUAAAAAUUCAGACACCAGAGGAUUGGCAAGUUUAAUAGAAGAUUCAUAAAUUUUUUUAGAAGGCAUCUGAAAUUUGUUAUCAAAUUAGUAGUUGUCAGUGUUCUAAUUAAAAUCUAUUUCAGCUAACCCUACUGAAGUAAACCUGAUCUCUCCUCCCAAAUGCUGUGUUGGUUUUUUUUUUUGUUCGUUUGGUUUGUUUGUUUGUUUGUUUGU